GGGAGGGUAGGAGCGGGAGCGGACACCGCAGAACGAUGACAAACUCAGUGAUUCAGGCGAAAAAGCAACUAAGCUACCUCACAUGCCGUGCCCUCAAAAAGCAUUGAAGUAUCAAGACACGAAGAAAGGCUGUCCUGCGAACGAUGGCUGUAUAAAGUGGCGCUUUGCGGCAGCAGGCGUAAACCGCAGAAAAAUGAACGCGAGAAUAACACAUUCUAAUCCAGGAGCACUGGAUGCGGAUGCGUGGGAACCCGCAGCGUGCACGACGAGAGGGAGGAAGAGGAGGCGCUCGUUUCCUCAGGAAGGCUCGUCUUUGUGAGGACUAGGCUCACUGCGUAUGUGGUGCGCCUCGCAAAGAAACCGGAGAAUUGGACCUUCAGUACUGCAAGUUCUAGUUGGUGGCUCGCGGAACGGAGCGCCAUUUGGUAAAUCGGCGCACUGGGUUCAGUCCGCCCGCGGGCGAACACAUCUCGGCAGUGAUUGUACACAUGAGUGAGCAGCACGGGGCAAAGAAUUAGUUCAUCUGUGAGUUUCCCAGGUAAUCUGCCCAAACGCUCGGUGAGGCUUGCCGCGAAUAGCGGGUCAGGGCAAAAAGGGCGCAACUAUUCUCCACAGCGGGUCGCAGUGCAUGUAGUGAUGCUGGUUGCCCGCCCGGCACGGGCACCCGAAACAACAGGAGCGGGUCUCAAUCGCUAGCGACACGAUGUGACCCACCAUCCGACCCGUGUUUUGAUGACCGCAUUAUGGACUGCACAGCUGCAGUUGGCAAGACGGUCUUUCGAGCGGCCCCAAGCACGAUCAACGUCGAUCCGAUCGGGCCCAGCCUUCGGCGCCCACUUGGCAAUGCGACCUCGAAUGGUGCAUGCAACAAUGUUUGGGAAAAAGCUUGCACAGAUGCGGCGAGACAGGCAGGAAGCGUUGAGUGCGGACAGGCGGGGGCUCCGCCCGUCCGCCGCAGCAACAGAGGCCUCACGUCUUCCCUCGCCAGGCCCAGCGGCGCCUGCGAUACCUUGCCGAAGGUGCGCUCCUGUGCAGGGACGCACGUCGCAGCCUCCUCGGAGUGGUCUACGACGGCGCCUGUCUUCCAAAACUCCACGCUGGAUGGGAGGAGCCGCGAACCCACCACGCUCCACCGCCAGCUCCCUCAGGUGCUCCAGCCAGCCGCUCCAUACUUCGGUCAUGUCGGUGGCCAUCCUCGUCGCCGCGGCCAGUUCGAGACCCCCAGCGCGCCCCCGGCGCCGGCCAACAUCCCGCAGCAGCCAACUCCAGACAUGCGACGUCAUGAUUUUUUCAACCCAAAACCUCCCGGCCUGAUUUUGUUUCGACGCGAUCAUGUCUUGGGUGGCACCCCAUGGGGCCCUCGG